AUGGACGGCCAAAACAAUGGUAAUCGGUUCUUUCUCAACUUGAAUGGCGAGCGGCCGCCUUUCAAUGAUCGAUCUUUUCCCACAACACCAUCAACUUUUCCAAAUCCUAUAUUAAACCAAGGGAAUCAGCAAGGUCAAAUUCAACAGCAGCAACAAACCCAGCAACUACAAUAUCCAGGGGGGAUUUCCUCUGCAGGUUACUUCAACGAUUCAUACUCGCCCACAUAUCCUCAACAACACACUCAGUCUAGCCAUCAGCAACAGAGAUAUCCUCAGGGUUACGCUCAAGAUGUCACAAAUGGUCUUGCAAAUCAAUUCUCACAUCAAAAUUUGGGGGGAAGAAAUAACAUAUAUGGAAGCUGUCAGCCUUUGCCUUCCCAAAGACCUCGGACUGCUGGAGGAUCCGGUCAACCCGUCUUCAAUAAUUAUCUUAACGCACACAUGCCAUCUGUAUCCCAACAUCCAAACUGGCCUGAAUUCAAGAUAGCUCCCGAACGGAAUCCCGACAAAUUUGGCUCACUCGCUCAAACUAAUCAAAAAAAAUGCUCCCAACUGGCAGAAGCAUUCUUUAGAGAUAGCGUAAAAAGAGCUCGUGACAGAAAUGUUCGACAUUGUGAAUUAGAACAGCGUCUUUCAGAACCCAGUCUAUCGCACAUGCGAAAGGAGCAGAUCUGGUCAAGUGCCGGAAAACAGGAGGGGAAAUACUUACGUUUCCUGCGAACCCGCGACACUCCAGAUAAUUAUACUACGCUCAAAAUUAUCGGCAAAGGUGCAUUCGGCGAGGUAAAGCUUGUGCAAAAGAAAUUGGACGGUAAAAUAUAUGCGAUGAAGUCUUUGAUCAAGAAUGAAAUGUUUAAAAGAGAUCAACUGGCUCAUGUUCGUGCAGAACGAGACAUUCUUGCGGAGUCUGAUAGUCCUUGGGUGGUGAAGCUGUUCACCACAUUUCAAGAUCAGGAUUUCUUGUUUAUGUUAAUGGAGUUUCUGCCCGGCGGAGAUCUUAUGACUAUGCUCAUAAAGUACGAGAUAUUUUCUGAGGACAUUACGCGAUUUUAUAUGGCCGAAAUUGUCUUGGCCAUCGAGGCCGUUCACAAGUAUGGAUUCAUACAUCGUGAUAUCAAACCUGAUAAUAUACUUCUUGAUCGAGGAGGUCAUGUGAAGUUGACAGACUUUGGUCUAUCAACUGGGUUUCACAAGCUUCACGACAACGCAUAUUACCAAAAUCUCUUACAGAAAAAGUCAAGUAGACCCAAUAAUCGAAACUCAGUCAAUCUUGACCAAAUAAACUUGACUGUCAGUAACCGCAGUGUUAUAAACGAUUGGCGUAAAUCACGGCGUAAUAUGGCAUAUUCCACCGUUGGAACACCAGACUAUAUUGCACCUGAGAUUUUUAGUGGUCAAGGAUACGGUCAAGACUGUGACUGGUGGAGUUUAGGCACAAUCAUGUUUGAAUGCCAGAUUGGAUGGCCACCAUUCUGUGCUGAAGACUCACAUGACACUUACCGCAAGAUUGUAAAUUGGAGACAAUCUCUUUACUUUCCAGAUGAUGUACAAUUAGGACCUGAGGCAGAGAAUCUAAUUCGGAGUCUGGUCUGUAAUUCUGAAAAUCGUCUGGGAAGGACCGGUGCAGAUGAAAUCAAAGGACAUAAAUUUUUCCGUGGUGUUGAUUUUGAUAGCUUACGACGAAUUCGAGCUCCAUUUGAACCAAAGCUUACAUCAAAUAUUGACACAACUUACUUUCCUAUCGACGACCUUGACCAAACAGACAAUGCUACUCAUCUGAGGGCAGCUAAUGGAAACCAACCCCGAAUAGAAGCACCAGAAUUAAGUCUUCCGUUUAUCGGUUACACGUUUAAGCGCUUUGAUGACUUCAACCGAGGCAAGUACUAA